AUGGCUGCCUCCUCCACCUCUUCCGAGUCGCAGAACAUCCCUCUCCCCCCGUCCCUCACCAGCACAACAUCCUCACUACCCACAGCCACACAACGCGCCCUCAUCUCACACCUACGCACCACCAACGCUCUCCCAGAUCUCUCCGCGCAACUCGCCGACUCCCUCGCCCGCACCGGCUGGACGGACCGAGUACGCGCACUAUCCCUGGAGUUACUCCGUAAUGGCAGCUGCGACACAUUUCCCGAGCUGAUGGAAGAAGUAAUGCGGCGCGCGAAGAUCCCGCGAGACAACAGCAGUAACGGCAAUGGCAGCGCAUCGACAAAUGGGACACAGACCGGUGGCGCGGCCGCCCAAGCCAAUGGAACGGGCACCAGCACGCCGACAGCAAGUCAGGGAGCGGCGGCCGGGGCGAGCCAAGGUGCCAUUGUUGUGAGCAAGGAGUGGAGUGGUGGGCCGGACGGGUUACCAGACAUUAGGAUCCCGGAGGCGACGGUCGAGGUAGGGGUAGACUUCUUGAAGGACCGGAUAAAAGACGUAGUUGAGGUUGAGGAAGGUGGCUGA